CGGCCACUCGCGCCUGUGCUGCUGACCCGGAGGACGCAGGGUCCGGGCCCCGCGCUGGCCGCGCCGCAGCGGGUGGGCACACGCCCCAGAACCCCCGCCCGGCACCAUGGACUGGAAGACGCUGCAGGCCCUCCUGAGCGGGGUCAACAAGUACUCCACGGCCUUCGGGCGCAUCUGGCUGUCGGUGGUGUUCGUCUUCCGCGUGCUGGUGUACGUGGUGGCCGCUGAGCGCGUGUGGGGGGACGAGCAGAAGGACUUUGACUGCAACAUCAGGCAGCCGGGCUGCGAAAACGUCUGCUAUGACAACUUCUUCCCCAUUUCCAACAUCCGCCUCUGGGCGCUGCAGCUCAUCUUCGUCACGUGCCCGUCGCUGCUGGUCAUCCUGCACGUGGCCUACCGGGAGGAGCGCGAGCGGCGGCACCGUGAGAAGCACGGAGACCAGUGUGCCAAGCUGUACAGCAAUGCGGGCAAGAAGCACGGGGGCCUGUGGUGGACCUACCUGCUCAGCCUCAUCUUCAAGCUCAUCAUUGAAUUCCUCUUCCUGUACCUGCUGCACACCCUCUGGCAUGGCUUUGACAUACCCCGGCUGGUGCAGUGCGUCAGCGUGGCGCCCUGCCCCAACACCGUAGACUGCUACAUCGCCCGGCCCACCGAGAAGAAGAUCUUCACCUACUUCAUGGUGGGCGCCUCGGCUGUCUGCAUCGUGCUCACCAUCUGUGAGAUCUGCUACCUCAUCCUCCACCGGACCCUGCGGGUCCUGCGCAAGAACAAGUCCCCGAGCCACCGCGGCGCCUACUCCUCCAACAGCCGGGCCUCCACGUGCCGCUGCCACCACAAGCUCUUGGAGACUGGGGAGGUGGGGCCCGUCCCCCCUGACGGCAAGCUGAACGCCUCGGCACCCACCCUGACCCCCAUCUGACCACAGGCUAGGGAGAGACACCGGAGCUGCCCGUGGGGACAGGCGGGGAGGUUUCCUGCGGUGCUGGGUGUCCCCACCUUGAAUUCACUGAGCUUCCCCAUUUCGCUUGGGGCAGAUGAUUUCUGAGUGCUUUGCACGGUGCUGUCCAGCAGAAGAUAGUCACACCACAGGCCCUCUGCCAGCCCCCCAGCCCCCAGGAGGCAGACGGUGAGACCAGCAAAUUAGCUGCUGCAUCCUUGGGCCUUGGGGAGCUGACAGGGGACUGCUCCCUAACCCGGGAGAUGUGAUCAGGCAAGGCUUCCCGAAGAAAUGAUGUUAAGAGAGAUGAGAAGUGUUUCCAAGCAGAAAGAGCAGCAGGCGCUGAGGCCUGAACACUGCCGGAAGAGACACUUGGCCUGGGUUGGACGCAGCUGACCAAACAGAAUCUUCACUCCCUCGAGAGAAGCACCCAGAUUCCUGCGUGGAGAGGAAGGGCUUUCCCAGCAGUGGGAGGCCUGGAGGGCUGCCUGUGUGUGUCCAUGGAGAGGAAAAGGUGACUCUGGUGACACCAAGCCCUGUUCAUGACACCCAGGGGUCCUCGGGUCCUUCAGGGAAGCUCCCCUCCCACACCCCUUGUCUCCCCACACACCACCCCGCCCUAACCUCAGGCAGCUUUGCUCCCAUCCUCCUCUCCGCUGAUGUGCUCAGUCUGGUGCCAGCCUCUCAGACCUGGUCCCAGGGACUUUGGUGGAUGUGCUGGUAGGAACAUUCCCAAGCAUUUUCCUUAAAGUCAAUAAAG